CUACCUUGACAACCACGUGACCUCGACCUUGAAAGUGAAAGAAGAUCAUCUCAAGACAUUUGCCGGAACAUACUGUCCUGAAUCAAAAACUACCCAUGGACUCUGGAUCAGUAUUUGCUGAUAUAGAAGGUGCACCUGCAAUCGAAGUGUUCAAGCUGAUAGGGGAUUACAAUGAAGACACAUUUGACAAAAAAGUAAAUUUAGGAGUUGGAGCCUACAGGACAGAUGAAGGCAAACCAUGGGUUUUACCUGUAGUCAAAACAGUGGAGGCUAUGAUGGCAGGGGAUGCUGGUUUAAAUCAUGAAUAUUUACCUAUAUCUGGACUACCAGACUACAGAACAGCCUGUCAAAAAUUACUAUUAGGAUCUGAAUCACCAGCCAUACAGAGUAGUAGGGUGGAGAGUUUUCAGGCAUGUGGUGGAACAGGAGCUAUAAGACUUGCUGCUGAUUUCUUGAAAAGAUUGAUGAAUUAUGAUUGUGUUUAUGUAUCCAAACCAACAUGGGGUAAUCAUAAAACAAUAUUUAAGAGAAGUGGAUUUUCUGAUGUUAGAGAGUACAGAUAUUGGCAUCCUGAAACAAAAUCCCUGGAUUUCCAAGGCAUGCUAGAAGACUUGAAUAAUGCACCAGAGAGAUCUGUAGUAAUACUACAUGGUGUUGCACAUAAUCCUACUGGAGUGGACCCAACGAAAGAUCAGUGGGUAGAGAUAAUCAAGACCUGUCAGGCUAAAAAUAUAUUUAUAUUGGUAGACAUUGCAUACCAAGGUUUUGCUACAGGUGAUCUUGACGCUGAUGCUCAUCUUCCAAGAUACCUAGAUAGAAAUAAUAUUGAGUUUAUGGCUGCGCAAUCUUUCUCCAAGAAUUUUGGACUAUACAAUGAAAGGACUGGAAAUUUAGUGGUGGUGUGUGCUAAUUCAGAGUUAAAAGCAAAGAUUAGAUCUCAGAUGGAACUUAUCAUACGUACCACAUGGUCUAAUCCACCCAAUCAUGGAGCUAGAAUUGUUACUACUGUUCUCAAUAACCCUGCUAAUUGUGCUGAAUGGAAAGAACAUAUAAAGGAAAUGGCAAGCAGAAUAAAACAGAUGAGGCAAAUGCUACACGCUAAGUUGAAAGCAUUAGGUACUCCAGGAAAUUGGGAUCACAUCAUUCAACAGAUUGGAAUGUUCAGCUUUACUGGUUUGUCACCAAAACAAGUGGAGGUGAUGAUCAACAAAUACCACAUCUAUUUACUGAAGGAAGGUGGCAGGAUCAACAUGUGUGCUCUUACUACGUCAAAUAUAGACUAUGUAGCCAAAAGUAUACAUAGCGUUGUCACAGAAGCUAAAUUAUAAGGUUGAAAAGGACAUGUUACCUGGAAUACUGUCUGAUCAUUUGAUAACCAACCCCCUUCCAAAGCAUUUUAGUGGAUAUAGCUUUUUUUUUUAUUGCAUUUGAAUAAAAAUAUUCAGAAUUGAUUAUUGUUAAAUAUAUACUGAACUCAUGAUUUUCACACUUGUAUGUGUGAUGAGUUCAGUUACUUUGAAAUCCUGUUUGCAUUAUGAUUAAUAUUCUGUGUACAGUAGAACAUUUAAUACUGGAAUUUUAUUGAUAGCUUAUUGUUUACAAGAAACAGGUUUAUUUGAUAAUUUAAUAAGGAAUUGCCAACCAUGCUAACCAAAAACUUUUGAGUUUGUAAUCUAGAGAUUUGUAGUAAAAAACGGAUAAUUUGUAUUAUUUCGUACUCUUCUUACACUGGUAGUGAACUAGGUUUAAUAGAAUUCAAAUGAAAUAUGCAUAUUGCGGUUGUAAAUCUUAACAAUAGUGCUUCUGUAAACUGUUUUAAAGUUUUAAAAUCAUGUCUGAAAAUUAUUACUUUGUUCAAGAUUAUGUCUUUGCUAAUCAGACUGUGAUACAUGUAUAUGAAUUAUAUGUUUAUAUUUUAGAUAUUAUUUGAAUGAAAUCUCUCACUUUUUUAUUUUGACAUGUUAGAGAAAUAUUACUAUGAAUAAAUGUUUAUCUGUCUCUGCUUGUUGCUUGCUUUUAUCACUUUUGCUGCUUGUAAUGAUUGUAAGAAGAAAAAAAUUUGCAAAUAUUUUACCAGCAAUUCCUGUUCAAUUCAUAGUAUAGAUGUCAGUUGGGAGAUUGUCUUAUACUUUUUCUGGUUAUUUAAAUGAAUUCAUUCUGUCUCCUGUUUAAGAUAUUUUAGUACAUCUGAAUUCUGCAUUUUCAUGUGUAUCCCCUGCCAAUACCUUGCUUGCAAUAAAGGGAUGUAGUAUUCAGCAUAUCUGUGAAUGUGUCUGUAAGUUCUACAGUCCAAUAUUUUCAUAAACUAUGAUUUACUGCAGUUGUAUUGACUUUGGUUUCUGUAUUUAGGGUGUCGAAGAUGAGAUUUAAGUUGGAGUCAAAUUAGGUACUUCCUCUGUAUACUUAUAUUAAAACAAAGAUGGAGUCAAAUGGGGAUUUCCUUGUAAGCAGAAAUAUCUGCAAUCCUUUUCCGCCUAAAACACUAAAUUGAUUUCUUGCGUUUGAUAGGUAUCUUUGCCUGAUGUAAUCGUGAUUAGAUCAACUGCUGUCAAAAGUCUUUACUUUUGGGACUAUGUUGGGCUUUUGGACAUUAGCAACUUCAAUAACAGAAAACUCUGAAAAAGAUUUGUUUGUCUGUCUUUGUAAAUCAGAGUUUGGGACAUAUGGUAGAGCUGAUGUCUGCCCAUCUGUCAAUGUUAGUGAACUCAGGCCUACAGUUCUCAAAGGAUUUUGAUAAAAUUUAUGUCAAAGGUUAUAAACAUAACGGUAGCAAGAUCUUGGAACUAGUUCGAAAAUAAGGGUCAAUAGAUUAUUUUUGGAAAAUAAUAUCUUAGGAAUAUAUUAGCAAAUCUUGUAAAACCCAUAUGUUCUUAAUCUUUGGGAGGAGGGAAUUUAGGAACCACAAUUGUCUUUAGCUUCAGCAUUAUAAUCUAGCUGAUAUGAAAAUCUGUGCUUCAGGAAUAAUUGACCUUUAGGUCAUGUAUUUAUCUUAGCAGAUGCUGCAUUAUUGCAUGUGCAUUAGUGGCUGUUGUAUUUAUACAUUUCAAUAAAAGUAAGGUAUGUAUGUCUCAAAUGAUUGCACACAUUCCUCUUCAGAUUUUGACCCAUAAUCAAACUGACUUCUGGAAAAUAUAAGGGGUGUUGCAUGCACAUCUAGAUAUGCUAACCCUUAUUGCAUCUUCGUGAACUAAUGGUUCUGGUUAAAUAUAGUAUUUCUAGCACUUACACAAAGUGUAUUUUGUUCCUUUGUCUUUACUUUUUACAUAUUAGAUGUCUUGUAGCAUUUGAUAUUUUCAUUUUGUACUGUACAAUGGGUGCUGAUUGUUUAUACCCCCAGUAAAGACGGAUGGUUAGGCAUCUUCUAUGGUUUACCUGAUUUAUACGAAAUGAAAUUCAGAAAUUGUUGCAAUGUUUUUAUUAUUGCGAACAAUGCGAAGGGGUUAUAAUCGCAAUAAUUUAAACUCACAUUUUGAAAUUUUUAUAUGAAUUAAAAAGGAUUUUUCUCAAUAUCACAAAAAUUAAAAUUGCAUUUUAGUCUAAAAUGACAAAAUCGCAAUAAUAAAUGCACCCAAUAAUUUCUGAAUUUACAGUACUAAAGAAAACUCCAUGCGUGGUAUAGCUUACUAUAAAGCACGAAGGAUAAGCAUGAAAUUAAUUGCGGUAUGCAGGAAAAAAGAUCACACUUUAAUUCAUGUUUGAUUUAUUUAAAAAAAAACUGUUCAAGACAAAAAUAGUAUUUAUAUUAAAAAUUUUAACACAUUAUGUAAUAUUUGGAAAUGAAUAAUAUAUCACAGAUAUAUAGAAAUAAACAACAAAACAGCACAUGUAUAAUCAAAUCUCUCCAUAAAGGUCACUCAAGGGAGGACACAUUAGGGACCUGUAUGGAGAAGUUGUUGAAAAUUACAUAAUGUAGGAAACACACAACUUUUCUUUUUUUUCAAUUUGGAAAAGGGGAGUAGAUAAUAUCAGCAAUUGCCCUAUUAAUGGUUAUCCCUAAUGGAGCAUGUUUGACCAGAAAAAAAAACCCUAUAAUAAUCUUGGCAGCAUCGUUUCUAUGCAUCAUGUAGAAUAUUGAAAAAAAAAAAAAUGAUAUGUACAUGUAUUUAGAUUUCUGAAAUAAAAUUAUUUCACAAGAA